GCGCCUCGGCCACCGAGACGGGGCCUUCGCGGCCGGCCGAGCGGAAGGUGAAGGCGGAACGGCCCGGAGUGGUGCGAGAGCUCUGCGCUCAGCGUGGACAGGUUAUCCCGCCCGGAGGCAUUCUGAUGAGGUUGGAAGGAUGCAGCCAUCCUGUUGUUAUGAAAGGAUUAUGUGCAGCAUGUGGACAGGAUUUAACAAAAUUACAAAGCAGGAAUGGAAAACAGAAUAUGCCAGUAUCCACAGCAACUGUAUCAAUGGUUCAUAGUGUCCCAGAGUUGAUGGUUAGUUCUGAGGCAACAGAACAGUUAGGAAGAGAAGACCAGGACCGUCUGCGACGAAAUCGAAAACUAGUGCUAAUGGUAGACUUGGACCAGACAUUAAUUCAUACCACAGAGCAGCACUUCCAACAGAUGUCUAACAAAGGAAUAUUUCACUUCCAGUUAGGACGAGGAGAACCUAUGCUGCAUACUCGGUUGCGUCCUCAUUGCAAGGAGUUCCUAGAAAAGAUUGCCAAGCUGUAUGAAUUACAUGUGUUCACCUUUGGUAGCAGACUUUAUGCACAUACUAUUGCAGGGUUCUUGGAUCCCGAAAAGAAGCUUUUUUCUCAUCGAAUAUUGUCAAGGGACGAAUGUAUUGAUCCAUACUCUAAAACUGGGAACCUUAGAAACUUAUUCCCUUGUGGGGAUUCCAUGGUGUGCAUUAUUGAUGACCGAGAGGAUGUCUGGAAAUUUGCACCUAAUUUGAUAACUGUGAAGAAAUAUGUAUACUUUCAGGGCACAGGAGAUAUUAAUGCACCACCUGGAUCAAGGGAAGUUCAAAUGAGAAAGAAAGCAAAUCAUUCCUCAAAGAUAAGUGAAGCAUCUGAUGCAACAGUAGUAACCAGAGAUUCUGACGAAGUAAGGAAUGCUGAAAACACAGAAGAACAAAGUAAUGGUAUUAGAAAAUCAACAAAGGAAGUAAAUGGCAACAACUCUGUCAAUGAUGAGCCAUCAUCCUGGGAUUUAAACAUUAAUGAUAAAGUUAAAGAAAGAGACUCCUUAGGGGAUCCUGGUCACACUGUUACUGACUCAAAGGAACUUAUAAGUGCCAAGGAAUCUCGUGCGUCUUCAGAAAAUGAUAGGACAGUUGUAGGCCAUCAACAGAUUCAAGACAACUCAAAACAUUGCUUGGACUUUGAAUUGUCUAGUGACAGUGAAAGUGACAGUGGGUUGGAUGCUAGGAAGUCAUCAUCCUCUUCUGCCUCAGAUAGUGAAAAUGAAGGGAAAAGAAGCUGGAGAAAAUCAAAGAAAUCUGUACAGGAAGAAAGUACACUUCUGCUGGGAACGGAUACAAACGUAGAAAAGGAUGGACAGUCGAACCAUUCUGGAGACUCAACAUCCUCUGCUAACAACAAUCCCCAUCCCAAGGCAUUUGAUCUCGAGGUACAUGAAGAGAGUGAACAGGAUAGCCUUUGUAGUCUAGGAAAUGGAUGUGUUGACAAGAAGGAGCCAGAGACAGAGUCACAGAAUAGUGAACAAUCAGGGAUAACUGUGGGAGAAUCUUUAGAUCAGAGCAUGGAGGAAGAGGAAGAAGAUGAUACAGACGACGAUGAUCAUCUAAUAUAUCUUGAAGAGAUUCUUGUUCGAGUGCAUACAGAUUAUUAUUCAAAGUAUGACAAAUAUGUAGCAAAGGAAAUUGACGAACUACCAGAUAUAAGAAAAAUAGUGCCAGAACUGAAACAAAAAGUAUUAUCAGGUGUUACUGUGUUGUUUAGUGGGUUGUAUCCUACAAACUUUCCCAUAGAAGAAACACUUGAGCAUUAUCAUGCUACUUCCCUUGGAGCAAACAUUACUAAAAGCCUAGUCUUGAAUGAUGAUGAUCCCAAUAAGCCGACUCACCUUAUUGCGGCUAGAGCUGGCACAGAAAAGGUCAGGCAAGCUCAGAAAUGUCAAAAUCUCUAUAUUGUAAAUCCAGACUGGUUAUGGAGCUGCUUGGAGCGUUGGGACAAAGUAGAAGAACAGCUCUUUCCUUUGAAGGAUGAUUACCUGAAAACACAAAGAGACGACAGUCCUGCCAUGUUUCCAGACAUUCACAGUGCUUUCCAGACGGCUCUUUUUCAUCCAACUCCCAUCCAUCCGAAGUGUCAGCUUGGUCCUGAAGUCCGACUUUACGAUCCCAACACUGGAAAACUAAUUAGAAAAGGAAAUCAGAGUUCCAGUCAGUCUCUUUAUAUUCAGCCACCAGCUCCCCCCCUCACUCUACCUGUCCAUGGGGAACAUUCCUCUUUCAGAAUUGUUCAGCCACAUCAGCAACAGCUUUUUGAUGAAGAGGAGAUGCCAGCGAGAGAGAAUGAAGAAGCUGGUCCAUCUAAACGGAAACGCCAGCCAAGUAUGUCUGAGACAAUGCCACUGUACACUCUAUGUAAAGAGGAUUUAGAAAGUAUGGAUAAAGAGGUUGAUGACAUAUUAGGAGAAGGCAGUGAUGAUAGUGACAGUGAAAAAAAGAAGGCAGGAGAAGGAAAGAAAACUCAGAGUGAUUCAGAAGAGACUCUAAAUAUGACAAUAGAAGAGAGGCCUGUAUCAACAACAUCAAGUGAAAGAAGUUUGACAGGUAGUGUGCCCAGGGGCCACAAGCGAAAGCUGGAUGAAGACGAUGCUGCUAGUGAAUCAAGCAAAGGGUCCAGCAAUGAAGAUGAGGAGGGCAGCAGUUCUGAGGCAGAUGAAAUGGCAGCAGCGCUGGAAGCCGAACUGAAUGACUUUAUGUGACUUACAUGUGCAAGAGAAUUCGUAAUUACGUG